AUGUCAGAACAUUCAACACCUUCGGGUAGGGGAAGAGGUAGAAGUAGAACAUCUUAUAGGACCACACCUUCUCCAGAUGCCAAUUCUGGUUCGCAAUAUUUUUCUCCUGACUCCACACCUGUUGUUCAAUCCACACAAUUCAAUCUCCAGUCACCACCCCCACCACCACCCUCACAACCUUUUGCUCCCAUGCCUCAUCAAUUUCCAUAUCCUGGAACCACGAUGCCGCCAUGGGGUUAUUAUGGUGUUCCACCUACUUUCUACCCACCAGAUGUUGUACCACCGAGUGGCCAAUAUGUUGGGGGAACUUCUCAUAUGCCAGACAGACAUUCCCCAUACACAUUCAUGCCGACACCGCAAGGACUCAAUUCAUUAUCUGCUUCUGCACAACACUCUGAGCCCAUUCCAACUGACCCGGAAAAAUAUGAAAGAUUGAGUGCGGAGGCAUCUUCAUCAUCCGCAAGUAUCGGAGAGUCCUCAUCGCCUACAGUUAAUGAACACGACAUCUUCUAUCAAGCUGUUAGUGGUCGGAAUAGAAAGGGUCGAAUAUACGGGCUGGGCUCCCAAGCUAAUUUGUUAUAUCCAUCUACCACCAAUCGUUCUAGCCAAUCAUCUUCACAUAUGUCACCAGAGUUUGAACAAAUGAAACUUAAAGUCACCCAAUUAACUGAUGAGUUGCUUGAAUCCCGGGCUGAGAAUCGGCAAUUACGACAGUGGCAAGAACAAGUGACAGCGUGGCAGUCAGAAAUGAAUAUAGUAAUAAGUAGAUUGACAAAACAAUCUACUGCAGAUGCUGGACCGUCGACUGUUCCAGGUGGAUCUGACCCGGUAGCUGAUCAAGAUGAGAGUGACAAUGAUGAAGAUGAAAAUGCUAAUAAUAAUGAGGAUUGA